CGGACAGCAAAUAACAAGUUAUCAACCUAUCUGGAGAAUCUGGCAUGCAUGCAAUAUGCAAUACAAUGUAAAAUGUGAAUUUUGCACAACUUAAUAGACAUAUGACAAAGCAUUGAACAAAUUUUCAUGUGUAAAUUUAAUAUUUCAAUUAAAUAUGAUAUCUUCCUCAAAUGGAAAAAUACAUAAAUGUAUGAAAUGACAACUUUGUUUUUUAAGUAAAUAAUGUUAUUCUGUCCAACGUGUGCUAAUAUUUUGAUGGUUGAAGAAGGGCCAGAAUCCGGACUGCGCUACGCUUGUAAUACUUGUCCUUACGUUUAUAACAUAAAGAAGAAAGUUUCAUCGCGCACGUUCCCAAAAUUGAAGGAACUUGAUUAUAUUAUGGGCGGUGCUGCCGCGUGGGAGAACGUCGAUUCAACUGAUGCUGUUUGCCCCAAGUGUGGUCAUGGAAGAGCCUUCUUCAUGCAACUUCAAACUCGCUCUGCAGAUGAACCUAUGACAACCUUCUACAGAUGCUGCAAUCAUAAGUGUGCACAUAAUUGGCGUGAUUAAUUCAUGAGUGUAGUGCUUAAAAAGUAAUAACUUUCAGUAUGAACAUAUUUAAAAAAAUUCAAUUAAAUUGUUAUAUUGUGAGAAAGAAAAGUGCCUGUACUAAAAUGAAGCUUGACAAAAUGGCUACCAUAAUUAAUUG